GGUUCAGCUGAUCCUUUGAACAGUGCAUUUCACCUGACAUACAACAUGGUAUUGAACUUGCUUCGAGUAGAGGAGAUUAACCCUGAAUACAUGUUAGAAAAAUCCUUCUAUCAGUUCCAACAUUACAGAACUAUUCCGGAAAUAGUAGAAAGAGUGAAUAAUUUGGAAGGACAGUACAACAAAAUAGCAAUUCCCAAUGAAGAAAAUGUGGUCAUAUACUACAAAAUCCGACAGCAGCUUGCAAAACUGGGUAAAGAGAUUGAAGAAUAUGUUCACAAACCAAAGUAUUGCUUGCCUUUUCUACAGCCAGGAAGACUGGUAAAGGUGAAGAACGAAGGUGAUGACUUUGGAUGGGGAGUGGUUGUUAAUUUCUCUAAGAAAUCGAAUGUUAAGCCAAAUUCUGGUGAAUUGGACCCAUUAUAUGUAGUUGAAGUGCUACUGCACUGCAGCAAAGAGAGUUUGAAAAAUUCUGCUACUGAGGCUGCAAAGCCCGCCAGACCUGAUGAGAAAGGAGAGAUGCAGGUUGUUCCUGUUUUGGUACAUCUUCUCUCAGCUAUCAGCAGUGUUCGACUUUACAUACCGAAAGACUUGAGGCCUAUUGACAACAGGCAAAGUGUGUUAAAAUCUAUACAAGAAGUACAGAAGCGAUUUCCAGAUGGAGUACCACUACUAGACCCCAUUGAUGACAUGGGCAUCAAAGAUCAAGGACUGAAAAAAGUAAUCCAAAAAGUAGAGGCAUUUGAGCAUAGGAUGUAUUCACAUCCUCUUCACAACGAUCCCAACUUGGAAACCGUAUACAAACUUUGUGAAAAAAAAGCACAGAUUGCUAUGGACAUUAAAGCAGCAAAGCGAGAACUGAAAAAAGCCAGAACUGUGUUACAAAUGGAUGAACUCAAAUGCCGCAAGCGUGUUUUGAGAAGGCUGGGGUUUGCCACAUCUUCAGAUGUUAUUGAGAUGAAAGGACGAGUUGCUUGUGAAAUCAGCAGUGCUGAUGAACUACUCCUGACAGAAAUGAUGUUCAAUGGUCUCUUCAAUGACUUAUCUGCAGAACAGGCAACUGCACUCCUAAGCUGUUUUGUAUUUCAAGAGAAUUCCAGUGAAAUGCCAAAAUUGACAGAGCAGUUGGCAGGACCCCUUCGGCAAAUGCAGGAGUGUGCAAAAAGAAUUGCCAAGGUAUCAGCAGAAGCAAAACUGGAAAUUGAUGAAGAAAAUUACUUAAAUUCUUUCAGACCCAACCUAAUGGAUGUUGUAUAUACGUGGGCAAAUGGAGCUAACUUUGCUCACAUCUGCAAAAUGACUGACGUCUUUGAAGGUAGCAUAAUUCGUUGCAUGAGGAGACUAGAAGAAUUGCUUCGGCAGAUGUGUCAGGCUGCAAAAGCCAUUGGAAAUACAGAGUUGGAAAAUAAGUUUGCAGAGGGGAUUACAAAAAUCAAGAGAGAUAUUGUGUUUGCUGCAAGCCUUUACCUGUAACAGAAGAUACCUUCUAAAAACAUUACUAGAUUCACAUUAUGGAGCAAGUUCAUCAGCUUCACAUGCUACGUCCAUCUCAAGUCAUUAUUUUUUUUAAUGGUGUGUAUUUAAACCACAGUUGUUUCAACAAGGCAUGUACAAACAGCAGUGUAUGUAAUAUAACUGUUACUAUGUUUCCAAUAA